CGCUCGCAGAGCAGCCAUGCACGAACAUGCCAGGGUCCGUGGUCUUGAGCAACCCCUGUCCUGCGGGCCCGUUCAUCUCCAGUAGCUCACAGCUCGAUUCCGAGAGCGUUGUAGUACUACCCUUCUAUAAGACCCUCAGCCUGCCCUCGAUGGUGUAAGCUCGUCUCUACACAUAAGCAUCUCCAAUCCGAUCCAUACGCCCUCGACUACUACCUCGACCAUUGUUUUGUGCAAUCCGUUCCUUAGCUCAGCAACAAACAACUUCAGCCUUGUCAAGUGCAAUCGCCUUCACGCGUCAUCAGCGUGCAGCAACGUCUUCAUCAAUCAUCAUCAUUCUCCGUAACAGCAAUGGAUUCUCAGUCUUAUGAUGCAUGGUGGUCGCAAGGCAACUAUUCCAUGCCACCUCAUCAGACGACCAUAUUCGAGCUGCCACCGGAUCUGUCAAAAGUUCCCAGCCUUAGUGGGUCGCCUGUCUCUUCUACCUACGACCAGUUCCCCGGCGCUCUUCCACAAGAAUAUUAUCCUCAGAUCGCUGGCGAAGCAAUGCACUUCGGCAAUUACCAAAUUCCCAUGACACCACCCGAGUUUAGUUCCGAUCACGAUAGCCCGUACUGCAGUCCACGACCACCUCCGAGUGUCGAGCCAGUUUACUCCCACACUCAGAUGUCCCAGCAAAUGGGUCAACUCUCCGCGCCCACAGAACGACAGCACACGACUUCAGGGAGGAGACGAGCGCAGAACCGAGCAGCACAACGCGCAUUCAGAGAGCGCAAGGAAAAGCACGCGCGCGACUUAGAAAUCCAAUUAGCUGCCCUCAACGAAAAGUACAGCAAGCUCGAAACCUCACAUACAGAGCUCAACGCCGCGUAUGAGAAGCUCCGUAAGACCAUCGAGCUACUCACUCAAGACGAUGAUGCCGACGGCGACGAAGAGGAGGGCAAACUAUCCAGACGGAGAAGCAGUAACCCAGAGACGCUUCGGAAACUUCUGGAGAUAAUACAUGGCGACUUCAAGGGGGUUGCAGUCAAAAACGAAAAUCCGUAGGUUGGGUUGAACAUGUUUGUCUGCUUGUAUUCUUCAUCUUAGCCGGGCGCUGUAGGCGUUAAAGAGUUUCAACUACGUUCUUUUUCUCAUUUUUAAUGGUCAUGAUUCAGCGUGGGAAGGUUCUGCAGGAUGAUGGGCUUUGAUCCCUUCAAUUGGCAGCAGGUGCCAAUGAACGCUGUAGAGCAGCGGACUUUCAACUUAGAUAUGACGAUCCACCUAGAUUCACGAUCCUAUGGAAGCACAUAGCUUCUAAUGCAACACCU